AUUUCUUCUCCAUCAGAAUUUCCAACCCCUCAGAAGAAGUUACAGAUUUUUACACUUCCUCUCAUCUUUUCUUUUAGUUCUUCUGGGGUUUAUUUCUUCUCCAUCAGAAUUUCCAACCCCUCAGAAGAAGUUACAGAUUUUUACACUUCCUCUCAUCUUUUCUUUUAGUUCUUCUGGGGUUUAUUUCUUCUCCAUCAGAAUUUCCAACCCCUCAGAAGAAGUUACAGAUUUUUACACUUCCUCUCAUCUUUUCUUUUAGUUCUUCUGGGGUUUAUUUCUUCUCCAUCAGAAUUUCCAACCCCUCAGAAGAAGUUACAGAUUUUUACACUUCCUCUCAUCUUUUCUUUUAGUUCUUCUGGGGUUUAUUUCUUCUCCAUCAGAAUUUCCAACCCCUCAGAAGAAGUUACAGAUUUUUACACUUCCUCUCAUCUUUUCUUUUAGUUCUUCUGGGGUUUAUUUCUUCUCCAUCAGAAUUUCCAACCCCUCAGAAGAAGUUACAGAUUUUUACACUUCCUCUCAUCUUUUCUUUUAGUUCUUCUGGGGUUUAUUUCUUCUCCAUCAGAAUUUCCAACCCCUCAGAAGAAGUUACAGAUUUUUACACUUCCUCUCAUCUUUUCUUUUAGUUCUUCUGGGGUUUAUUUCUUCUCCAUCAGAAUUUCCAACCCCUCAGAAGAAGUUACAGAUUUUUACACUUCCUCUCAUCUUUUCUUUUAGUUCUUCUGGGGUUUAUUUCUUCUCCAUCAGAAUUUCCAACCCCUCAGAAGAAGUUACAGAUUUUUACACUUCCUCUCAUCUUUUCUUUUAGUUCUUCUGGGGUUUAUUUCUUCUCCAUCAGAAUUUCCAACCCCUCAGAAGAAGUUACAGAUUUUUACACUUCCUCUCAUCUUUUCUUUUAGUUCUUCUGGGGUUUAUUUCUUCUCCAUCAGAAUUUCCAACCCCUCAGAAGAAGUUACAGAUUUUUACACUUCCUCUCAUCUUUUCUUUUAGUUCUUCUGGGGUUUAUUUCUUCUCCAUCAGAAUUUCCAACCCCUCAGAAGAAGUUACAGAUUUUUACACUUCCUCUCAUCUUUUCUUUUAGUUCUUCUGGGGUUUAUUUCUUCUCCAUCAGAAUUUCCAACCCCUCAGAAGAAGUUACAGAUUUUUACACUUCCUCUCAUCUUUUCUUUUAGUUCUUCUGGGGUUUAUUUCUUCUCCAUCAGAAUUUCCAACCCCUCAGAAGAAGUUACAGAUUUUUACACUUCCUCUCAUCUUUUCUUUUAGUUCUUCUGGGGUUUAUUUCUUCUCCAUCAGAAUUUCCAACCCCUCAGAAGAAGUUACAGAUUUUUACACUUCCUCUCAUCUUUUCUUUUAGUUCUUCUGGGGUUUAUUUCUUCUCCAUCAGAAUUUCCAACCCCUCAGAAGAAGUUACAGAUUUUUACACUUCCUCUCAUCUUUUCUUUUAGUUCUUUUGGGGUUUGUUUCUUCUCCAUCAGACAUUUCCAACCCUCAGAAGAAGUUAAAGAUUUCUUCUUUUUGCACUGACCAAGCUCACUUUCCGUAAAACUACCACCGGAAACCAAAAACAACAUUGGAAAAACAUGCUUUACUGCGAGCAUAACUCCCAAAAAUCCAAAGCACCAAUGCCAUGGAUUGGAAUAUAUGUUGCAGCAGCAUCUCUAAUUUGCUUCUUAACAAUUGUUGCCGAUGCUUUCUAUGAAUUUCGAAACAAAAAUUUUUGGUUCCCGUGCAAAUUCUUCACUAUCAAUGCCGCUACGCUAACAUUGUUAGGUGUAGCAAUGAAGAUGCCAUUGGAUGUGAGUAGUGACAUGUACGGAGGAAGUGAUCAACUUGUAAAACUUAGCAGCACAGUCAUGAUGUGUAUUGCAAUAGGUAAUUUUAUGCCAUCUUUGGGCCCCAUGGAUGAUAAAGAUAUAUUCACCAACAUAAUAGCCUUGGGUAUUCUUAUAAUCACCGUGAUUGUGAAUGUUUGCAUCUAAUUAGUUACUUGUACAAUUCCGAAUGAAAUACUAGUAGAACAUGUUCUAGUUAAUUUUUUCAUGCUUCUGUUGUUGGUAAUAUCAACUUUCUCGGCGGUUACAGUUGCUACCACUAAAAAACAUCUAGAAUUGAAGUAUAGUGAAAUACACAAAGAAGCAUUAAGAGAACAAAUUGGAAAGAAAAUUACAGUUGAAAAACUGAAAGAAAAUGUCAACAAGUACUGGAUGAUGGCAGAAACUGGGAGCCCCCAGUUUGUGAUGGCACGUUCUGUGACCUGCUCUGCUUCAGGGGUGAUCUGUCUUAUGACUGCUCUAAUUUUAGCACAACUUGAGUAUCGAGUGUGGGAUUUUGCUGCAACCGGGGAAUCAGAUUAUACGUGGUCAACAUUUUUUAUUUUUGUAAUUCAAACUGCUACAGUGGGUGUGGGGAUCAUUGGUCCGAUAUGUAGAUGGUUCACUGCAAUUAAAUUCAAAUGCUCCAAGGAAAGUACCAAAGGCUUCAAAACUGAGCUCAAACCAAAGAGUUAUUGGAUUAAGAGGUUGGAAGAAUGGAAGAAGAGCUCUAUAGUUCUUCAAAUCCGUGGUCUGAAAUUGAGAAAACUUGUCCAGCGCACCAAAAAUCUAGUUUUGAACUUGUGUAUAAUGAUUCAGGUUAUGAUUGUGGUAACAAGCAAAUUAACUCUUCUCAUUCCCCUUUUUUAUGUUCGCCGGCUCAUGUUAUGUUACCGCUGUUGCUACAAUUUGUUUAAGGAGCCUGUACAUAACUCAACAUCCCCAACGAAGUCGGAUAAUGUUUUGCUUCUUGAAGGUGAAGUGGAACUUACUGAAAGUACCUUGAAGAACAUUAGUAAAGCAGCAGGUCAUUUCAUCAUCAAGGCCAACAAACAGCAGCCCAGAAAUUUAAUCGAGCUUCUUCAACAGAAAUCUACAGGUGGCUUUGAAUGCAUAUUAGACUUUCAUAGCGACAAAGUUCCAUCAUUAGAUUCUCAAGAACCUCUUAAUUGUUGGGCUUUGCCAUUGGUGACUCUAACUUGCAUCGCUAUUGCAAUUUCCUAAAUCAAUAAGAACAUGGCUGACAGGUUCGUGCGCAGCGUGAGCGAAGGCCUCUCGUAUGUUAGACAUGUUGACGAAGCCAUGGAUACCAAAGGGAACCUCACAAACAGUAGAGAUGCAGCUAAUAAAGCGUGGUUAGGAGUCGAACUUGAAGGCAAGUGGCUUGAUGAAGAUCUCACCAGAAUAGCUCCCAAAGAAACAUCUUGCAGAGAGACUUUUCAAAUAGUCGUUGAUUUUGCUCAGAAAAUUGUUAUAAAAUACAAGGCAAAUAUCAAUGCAAGCCCCGUCGGGAACCCUACCAAUUGGCCCAUUAACGUUGUAGCAGCUAAUUCCAUGUACAAAAUUUGCAAAUCUCUAUUGCUGGAUGCUGAAGGUAACAAUCACCAGAUAAAUCAUGAUGAACUGUUCCUGAAAUUAUUUAACAUGAUCGCAG